CUCAAUGGGCCACUGCCCUCGCCCUCAGGUUGUAUGUGGGUGCGUGUGCGUGUGUGUGUGUGCCUUCUCGCCCGGCCCCUUGGGAGGGAUUAAUUAGUGCGCCGGGCUCGAUAUCAAAAGUUGACAGCCACGCACAAAAUUAAUCCGCUUUACUACGUGCCCCUAAAUCGCAGAGUCGGGAGAGACGAGACGGUAGCCAGGGAUAGUCCGGCAUUAUGCUAGCCGCGUGCCGAUUUUGAUUUAAUCGCCGGAGACAUCAAAUCAGUAAUAGAAGCGCCGCACGGCGAGCCGGGCUAGAGGCCGUCAUGUCCACAAUGUCCGCGUCCGCGUCCACGUCUGCGUCUUCGUCUGUGUGUGGUGCCGCCACUUCAAGUGGAGCAGGAACUGCUCUGGGAGCCGCCACUAGCAUCGCCAAUCUGGCAAAGAUUGUGAACAUCAUAGAGUCAAAUGUGAGGGCAGACGACUGCGACGAGGAGGAGCUUGAGGCCUCAAAGGCGCCCACCAGCGGGAGCAGCGUUCGCCUGGCCAGCAGCAGUGCCCCCCGGAGGAGCACCUGUUCGUACGUGCCCAAGUCACCACAGCUGGAAGAGAUCGUGUUCGCGAAGCCCACCUGUACGGAGCGCUUCGCACGCUACUUUGUCAUCGUCAUCUAUCUGUGCGGACUGUGCUGCCUGGGCUUCUUUCUGUCUAUCUACCACGUCUUCUUCUGGGACUCGCGCAUGCCGCCCGUCUUCAAGGGGCAGAAGAAGCCCGCCUUCGGCUAAAGCUGCCCUCGAUUUCGAUAUCUCAGAAAAGAAAUUUGAUUUCGAUAAAAUUGUGAUACCCGAAAAAAUAGCAAUUCGCCUACUAAAUUCAUCGGAAGUCACUGCGGAGCAGUUCUACAAGCACAUCCUCGAG